UAAAAUAGCAAUCGGAGAGGCCACAGGAAGGAAACUCGUCAAAUUUGGCCAUUGCUUUCGGUGAGGUAUGUGCGCGGCGGACGGGAACCUCGAAACUGUAUCUUCUGUUGGGCUAUAAAGAAACGAUCACCAGAACAGCACCAAAUUACGACCACUCCGCGAGGAACGACAAGGAUUACGUAGUUUGGUCGCUCGGCUUAGAAAUGAUGCAAAAGCCAACAUUCGAGGACAAAUGGCCGUAUAUGCGUCCAGUGGUGCUAAGUCUGCUGAAGCAAGAGCGCGUCACGCCAUCGGAAUGGCAGGAACUGUUUUACGCCGUGCACCUGGUUUGCCUAUGGGACGACAAAGGCCCGAUGAAGAUACACGAAAGCCUCCAGCAGGACAUAGUCGCUUACAUCAAGCAGGCCCAGUGCCGCGUAUUGGCCCAGCGUGAGGAGCAAGCCUUGUUGAAGGCAUAUAUUGUCGAAUGGCGAAAAUUUUUCACGCAAAGCAACUACCUACCGUUGCCAUUCACGAAAUUAGAAAACUGUCUGCAAAGUAAGAGCACCCUUUCCUCCGGCUCGUCUUCCGGUGCUUCGUCUUCGGCGGCUGCAGCCAGUGCCGCCAGCUCUGGUGCAGCCGGUACCAGCCACAAUUCGUCCACGUGCGGUGCUAGUGGCAGUGGAGCCGCUGCCGGCAGUAGCAGCAGCAGUAGUUCAUCGAAAAAGCCACCCCACGCGGAGGACAGCAUCGUGCGGAAGUUGAUGCUAGACUCGUGGAACCAAAGCAUCUUCAUGAACAUCAAGCAUCGGUUGCAAGAAUCCGCCAUGAAGUUAGUGCAUGCCGAGCGAAACGGCGAAGCGUUUGAUUCGCAACUUGUGAUCGGUGUGCGCGAAAGUUACGUCAAUCUGUGUUCGAACACCGACGACAAGCUGGAGAUCUAUCGAGAAAACUUCGAGGCCGCUUACCUACAGGCCACUUCCGCCUUCUAUCGGCUGAAAGCGAGCGAGCAGCUACAAACCAAUGGAGUAAAAAGCUUCAUGGAGUACGCCGAUGCGAAGUUACGCGAGGAGGAAGCAAGGGGCGAACGGUACCUGGAGCCGGGCAGCAUAACCGCACUCGGCCAGUGCUGUGUGACAGUGCUGAUCGGUGACCAUUUACCGACGCUGCUUGCUGAAUGCGCACCACUGAUAGAGGCCCGUGAAACAGCUCGGUUACAGCUGAUGUUUCGUCUGCUCGAUCGUGUGGCCGGGGGAGUGGACCCAAUGUUGCGCGAUCUCGAGAACCACAUCGUUCAGGCCGGACUAGCAGAUAUGGUGGCGGCCGCCGAUAUAAUUACGCAGGACUCGGAGAAGUACGUGGAACGGUUGCUGAAGUUGUUUCGCCGCUUUAGCGAUCUGGUGAAGGAAGCGUUCAACGAUGAUCCGCGCUUUCUGACGGCGCGCGAUAAAGCAUUCAAGACGGUCGUGAACGAUAUUACCAUGUUCAAGCUGGAGCUGCCGACCUCAAACACGGCAAUGGCGCGCGGCAUCAAAACGUCGACGCCAGAGUCGAAGUGCCCGGAGCUGCUGGCCAACUACUGUGAUAUGUUGCUGCGGCGGACACCGUUCAGCAAGCGGUUGACCACGGAAGAAAUCGAAUCUCGCCUGAAGGAUGUGCUGCUGGUGCUCAAGUAUGUAAGCAAUAAGGAUGUUUUCAUGCGCUAUCACAAGGCUCACCUAACUCGAAGACUCAUCCUCGAUUCAAGCGCUGAUAGUGAAAAAGAGGAGGAUAUGGUGGAAUGGCUGCGCGAAGUCGGUAUGCCGGCGGACUAUGUGAAUAAACUGGCCAGAAUGUUUCAGGAUAUUAAGGUUAGUGAAGAUUUGAAUACUCAGUUCCGUUCGCAAACGACGCGCCACGAUGCGAUCAAUAUCAAGAUUCUCAACGCUGGAGCGUGGGCCCGCGGUUCGGAGCGUGUCUCCGUAAGUCUGCCCCUGGAGCUGGAAGACUACAUUCCUGAGGUGGAAGAGUUUUACAAGAAGAAACAUUCGGGACGCAAGUUGCAGUGGUAUCACCAUAUGAGCAACGGUACGAUCACGUUCGCCAACAACACCGGUCGGUUCGAUUUGGACGUGACGACCUUCCAGAUGGCCGUUCUGUUUGCGUGGAACCAGCGACCGAAUGAGCGCGUUUCGUACGAAAAUUUGCGCCUCGCUACGGAACUUCCCGAUCCGGAGUUGCGUCGGACUCUGUGGUCACUGGUCGCGUUUCCGAAACUCAAGCGUCAAUUGCUGGUGUACGAACCGGUUGUCAGCAAUCCAAAGGAUUUCGCCGAAAACACCCUCUUUUGGGUGAACCAGGAGUUUGCCAUCAUCAAGAACGGAAAGCCGCAGCGUCGCGGCAAGGUGAAUCUGGUCGGUCGGUUGCAGCUAAGUACUGAACGUUCACAGCAGGAGGACAAUCAGUCGAUCGUGCAGCUCCGAAUAUUGCGAACGCAGGAAGCAAUCAUCAAGAUCAUGAAAAUGCGUAAACGACUCAGCAACGCAGCCCUGCAGGCCGAAUUGGUGGAUAUACUUAAAAACAUGUUCCUGCCUUCGAAAAAAAUGAUCAAGGAGCAGCUUGAGUGGCUAAUAGAACAUAAGUAUAUGCGAAGAGAUGACGAUGAUAUCAACACCUUUAUCUACAUGGCGUAAUCGUGAUGAAAUUGCAUCCGAGUGAGGCACCGACUGGCAUUGUCUUCUGUAGUGUAGCAAUAUUUAGUUUGUAUUAGGCUCGGACUUUCUACGACUGAUCAGUGGCGAGCGGGGUGCAUUGUACACAAUCAUUUCGUUUUCCGACGACGGUCGAGAUUCGACUUUGGGACGACUAAACGGGAUUUGAACAUUAUUAUGCUAUAUUAUGCUCUCCAACUGAGACUGCAACCAUCGAAAGGAAUUCUUGUUGUUGACUUGUUUUUGUCCUGCCAUUACUAAAAGGAACAUUAUGCUAAAAAAGCUGAGGACGGGAAUUGCAGCAGGACA